UAUAAUCGAUAAUGAAAGCAUUAAUUCCCUUCAAAUCCAAGCUUCUCAACCCAUUCAGAAAACUUGUCCCAAUCUUCAGCUUCAAGCUCAAAAGGCCAGUAUUUAUACGAGCCCUUAGACUUAGACUUAGAACCCGUUCACCUCAUGCUCAACCCAGAAAAGCUCCAAAAAAAAGUCCUACUUCUGUUUUACGAUCUACAUUUCGGUGUCUAAGACUGUCGCGAAAGAUGGAUAAAGUGGCAGAGCUUCGAAGCAUUUCAGAGGCAGCAGCAGGGUGCAAUAGGGAUAGGCUGCUGUUCUCGUCGCCACUGAUACCUGCUAACUAUAUGAAGGUUGGACGUGGUUCAAGGAAAAGGGAACCCUCAGAUGUGGAAGAUGCAUGUAGGAGUUUCGAGAAUUAUUUAGUAGAGAUGAUUGUGGAAGAAGGGAAAGUGAGCGAUUUGGUGGAUGUGGAAGAGCUCCUAUAUUGUUGGAAGAACUUGACAUGCCCUGUCUUUAUAGAUUUAGUUUCUCGAUUCUAUGGGGAGCUUUGCACGGACUUGUUCGCCGGCAAUGACGACUACGAUGAUGAAAAUGCCAAUACACCCUAGUCCCUGGAAUUUCUUUUGUUAAACAAGCUCCAUCAUUACUUUUCAUUGCUUAUACUUGUAAUACAAGCAUGUAAACCACGAUAACAAAGAAAAUACAUAUAGUGUUGAAAGCACAUUUGUAAAUUUUUUGGCUAAGUCGAUCCUGUUGUUUUCAGAGAA